UCAGACGGGACGUCAACGUGGACAUUAACCAGCGCGGUGCGUUCAGGGGUCACAGUAAGUCCGACACUCGGCGGGGCAACAUGGCGGCGAGCAGCGCUCCCUCUGCGUGGUGCCGGGGCCAGAAGCUGCUCAGGUGCGCCGCGAGGCUCGACCCAGCGACCAGGAGGUUUUCAGAGAGUGGCGACAAAGGCUGGUUCCGUUCCCUUUUCGUGCACAAAGUCGAUGCCAGGAAAGAUGCCCACUCCAACCUGCUGUCAAAGAAAGAGACCAGCAACCUGUAUAAAAUCCAAUUUCACAACGUCAAACCAGAGUGUCUGGAAGCGUACAACAGUCUGGAGGCCGAGGUGCAGAACAGGCUCCACCAGGACCAGGAUUACCCCUGUGAGGUGGUUGGAAGCUGGAACACCUGGUACGGAGACCAGGACCAAGCGGUGCAUCUGUGGCGAUACAGAGGAGGCUACCCAGCGUUGACGGAAUGCCUGAAGAAGUUGAACAACAACAAGGAGUAUGGCGAGUUCCGGAAAGAGAGGGCUAAAAUGUUGGUGUCCAGGAGAAAUCAGCUCCUCCUGGAGUUCAGUUUCUGGAAUGAACCGGUGCCGAGAACAGGACCGAACGUCUAUGAGAUGCGAACCUAUAAACUCAAGCCGGGGACAAUGAUUGAAUGGGGAAACCACUGGGCGAGGGCAAUCAAGUACAGACAGGAAAACAACGAGGCCGUGGGCGGGUUCUUCUCACAGAUCGGCGACCUCUACGUUGUUCAUCAUUUGUGGGCUUAUGGAAGCCUGCUGUCCCGGGAGGAGACCAGGAACUCUGCCUGGCUGAAGGAGGGGUGGGAUGCAAAUGUGUAUUAUACAGUGCCUCUGAUCAGAAGCAUGGAGUCUAGAAUAAUGAUUCCCACCAAGACUUCCCCUUUACAGUAAGAAGACGACCAACGCUGAGAACAUCGCUCUGAGAAAAAACGAAUCACCGACUGCCACAGCAACAUGUAGUUUCAUUUUUUUGUGUUAAUCUGCUGGGUAAUCCGCCUGAUAUGCAAGGAUGUAAACAAAAACCCUUUAUUUUGUGAUUCUCCUCUUGCACAGCGGCCCAUGCAAGGCAGCCAUACAGUAUUUGUGUGCAUACAUAACAACUUGAUUUGACCCAUGAUGAACUGGCAAAAUUAAAUAACGCUCUAGAUUGAAAAUGACAUGAUUGUGUAGUGCUGUGCGGUACGUUUCCUGCUUUUUGUUUUCAUCCUGAGUUAUGGUAAAGAACCCGGGUAUUUAUUUUUCACAAUGAAUGAAGAGUCUCCUCCCAGCUUUUUAUGACUGGACAUGAAUCACAGGGAAUGAGAUCACGCUGACGCUUCACAGCCGUGACGGCGAAACACAUGAUCAACCACAACCUGGCAGGACUAACGCGUUUGAAAUAGCUGACCUUUUCACUCAUUCAAACCCGCAGAAAUGAUAAUGUAAAAAGCUUUGUGUAACUUCUGGCGUGAGGUGGUCAAUAUUUUGAAAUUAUAAAUUGACUAACACACAA